GGCGAGGCAGCAGCCUUAGCGAGGUCUGGGGUCUCGGGACACGGGCCUGGGCCUUGCAGUCCCUGUGACCCCGUUCACGACCCUCCGCAGUGUUCCGAAACCUCGCCCUCGUGGCCGUGGGGGGCGGACACGUGACCCGGCCCAGCCAGUCGGAGCGCUGCUGACGUGGCCGCGCGGCCCCGAUGCUUUCCCCCACCCCCAGCGGCUAGGGGAGGGAGGGGCUGGGGGCUACGCCCCCUCCCCCAACGCCUUCUCGGCUUCCGGGGGGGUUGACACCCCGGAUUCGGUGCUCCCCCCCAGCCGGGCUGAGGGCGACUUUCGAGGGCCCCCCCGUGGCUCCUGGAUCCAGGUUCUCCGCUGCGGCGGCCUCGCAGCCGAAGCUGUCCCCGGCCCCGCCCGCGCGACCCGUCCCACUCCGCGCCCCGCCCGCGCCGCCAAUGGAGAAGCUGCGAGUGGCGCGACCAGCCCGCCGCGGGCGACCGGCGGCGACUCGGGGCCUGCAGGCCCGGGAAGGCUCCGUCAGGCCUGGAGGUGGGGACAGCGUGUUGCAGGCCCCGGGGAGAUGGCGCCUACACGCCGAUCGGCCUCCAUCUCUCCCAGGGCUCGCCAAGGCACGGCGCAGCCAAUUGGCUCGCAGACAUGGCGGGGCGCCUCUCCGCCUUGGCUCUCUGCGGCACUCUGCUGCCGGGUAAUCGACGCCUUGCAACUGGGCUUGUGACGUCAUCCUUCGAGCGGGCCAAUAGGAAAGGCUCCCGCGAAGAGGCGGUCCUGCCUCCUCGCCUUGGCUUCUCCGGGCGCGUGAGCGGGCGAGCACGCGCGGAGGGGGCGGGGGCGCUGGCGAGCAGGGUGGCGCGCAUGAGCAGCGAAGCUCCGCCCCUCCGGCUAUAUAUAAAGCGCUGGCGCGGGGCUCGGCGGCGCCAUUUCGCGCUGGAGUGGAGCAGCCUCUAGGACGAGCCGGAGGAUUGCGCCUACUGACCCAGCGUCUCGGAGCCUCCGCGGGCCGCCAGUACAAUCCACGUCCAUCCGCUCGGAAAUGGACUUCGUCCCGGCCCGCGACCGCUCCCGGCCGACAGUGCAGACCCCAUAGAAGCCCCCGAGGCGCCCCUUUCUCGGGCCCCGCCCAGUCCUCGGAGUCUGUCCACCCCUCUACUCCGCCCUCAAGAGGAUUUCAAAGAUGGAGGCGGCGGCUCUCUGAAACCCCUUUCUGCUGCUCAUCCGCCUCCGUCGGAGGUCUGACGGGGCUCUCGGGACGCCCGCGGCGGGAAGAGGAGACCCCUGUCCACCGGCGGCGGGCCGAAUUGACGACGGUGUCCAGUUUCGGGGACUGCCGGGUCUGCAGACGACGCUCUCUUGUGGCUCGCCGGCCGGCGGAGGCCGCCGCCAUUUUCCUGCCGUCGCCGCCUGCGGAGCGCGCCAAGCUGCCGGAGUUGUGCGGAGGACGGCGCGGGUGACAGCGUUCGCGCCGGUCCCGCAGCGAGGCUGUCGCCUGGAGGGCCAAGGGCAGCGGCCUUCCCCCCACUUCCCGGGUUAUGCUGGGCCCGGCGGUGAGGGGAGCCGAGGCUACCCGGACUUCACGCAGCUGAGCGGCGGCGGUUCCCUGAGGUCAAGAUGCUGCAAAACGUGACUCCCCACAAGCUCCCUGGGGAAGGGAAUGCAGGGUUACUGGGGCUGGGCCCAGAGGCAGCUGCACCAGGGAAAAGGAUUCGAAAGCCUUCUCUGUUGUAUGAGGGAUUCGAGAGCCCCACAAUGGCUUCUGUACCAGCUUUACAACUGGCCCCUGCCAAUCCACCACCCCCUGAGGUGUCCAAUCCCAAAAAGCCAGGACGUGUAACAAACCAACUGCAGUACCUGCACAAGGUAGUGAUGAAGGCUCUGUGGAAGCAUCAGUUUGCAUGGCCGUUCCGGCAGCCUGUGGACGCUGUGAAGCUGGGCCUGCCGAUUCCCACCCCUGGUUGGGAGAGGACCACGGUGGCCAAAAUUCUUAGCUUCUUCCUUUCCCUCAUGCAGCCCAUGGAUAGCCAUCCCCAGAGGAUUAUCACAAAAUUAUAAAACAGCCUAUGGACAUGGGUACUAUCAAGAGGAGACUUGAAAACAAUUACUACUGGGCUGCCUCAGAAUGUAUGCAGGAUUUUAAUACCAUGUUUACCAACUGUUACAUUUAUAACAAGCCCACCGAUGAUAUUGUCCUAAUGGCACAGACACUGGAAAAGAUCUUCCUACAGAAAGUGGCAUCAAUGCCACAAGAGGAGCAAGAGCUUGUGGUGACCAUCCCUAAAAACAGCCAUAAGAAGGGGGCCAAGUUAGCAGCACUCCAGGGCAGUAUUACCAGUGCCCAUCAGGUGCCUGCUGUCUCUUCUGUGUCGCAUACACCCCUGUAUACACCACCACCUGAAAUACCUACCACUGUCCUCAACAUUCCCCACCCAUCAGUCAUCUCUUCUCCUCUUCUUAAGUCCCUGCAUUCUGCUGGACCCCCACUCCUUGCUGUAUCGGCAGCUCCUCCAGCUCAGCCCCUUGCUAAGAAAAAAGGCGUUAAACGGAAAGCGGAUACUACCACCCCUACACCCACAGCCAUUCUGGCUCCUGGUUCCCCAGCUAGUCCUCCUGGGAGUCUUGAGCCAAAGGCAGCAAGGCUCCCUCCUAUGCGCAGAGAGAGUGGCCGCCCAAUCAAACCCCCACGAAAAGACUUGCCUGACUCGCAACAGCAACACCAGAGCUCUAAGAAAGGGAAGCUGUCAGAACAAUUAAAGCACUGCAACGGCAUCCUGAAGGAACUGCUCUCGAAGAAGCACGCUGCCUACGCCUGGCCCUUCUAUAAGCCAGUGGACGCUUCUGCUCUUGGCCUUCACGAUUACCAUGACAUCAUUAAACACCCCAUGGACCUCAGCACUGUCAAGCGGAAGAUGGAGAACCGUGACUACCGGGAUGCACAGGAGUUUGCCGCUGAUGUACGGCUUAUGUUCUCCAACUGCUAUAAGUACAAUCCUCCAGACCACGAUGUUGUGGCUAUGGCACGAAAGUUACAGGAUGUGUUUGAGUUCCGCUAUGCCAAGAUGCCAGAUGAACCACUGGAACCAGGACCUCUACCAGUCUCUACUGCCUUGCCUCCUGGGUUAGCCAAAUCCUCUUCAGAGUCCUCCAGUGAGGAGAGUAGCAGUGAGAGUUCCUCUGAGGAAGAGGAGGAGGAAGAAGAAGAUGAGGACGAGGAGGAGAGUGAAAGCUCGGACUCUGAGGAAGAAAGGGCUCAUCGCCUGGCAGAGCUGCAGGAGCAGCUUCGGGCAGUUCAUGAGCAACUGGCUGCCCUGUCUCAGGGCCCAAUAUCUAAACCCAAGCGGAAGAGAGAGAAAAAGGAAAAAAAGAAGAAACGAAAGGCAGAAAAACAUCGUGGCCGAAUUGGGAUCGAUGAGGAUGAUAAGGGGCCUAGGGCACCUCGCCCACCUCAGCCUAAGAAAUCUAAGAAAGCAGGUGGUGGGGGUAGCAAUGCUACUACACUCAGCCAUCCUGGCUUUGGAACUUCCGGAGGAAGUAGCAACAAGCUACCUAAAAAGGCUCAGAAGACAGCUCCACCUGUCCUUCCCACUGGCUAUGAUUCCGAGGAGGAAGAAGAAAGCAGGCCCAUGAGUUACGAUGAGAAGAGACAGUUAAGCCUGGAUAUCAAUAAGUUACCUGGGGAAAAGCUGGGUCGAGUAGUACAUAUCAUCCAAGCCAGGGAGCCCUCUCUACGUGAUUCAAAUCCAGAAGAAAUUGAGAUCGAUUUUGAAACACUCAAGCCAUCCACACUUAGAGAGCUUGAGCGAUACGUUUUAUCCUGCCUUCGAAAGAAACCCCGGAAGCCCUACACUAUUAGAAAACCUGUGGGAAAAACAAAGGAAGAACUGGCUUUGGAGAAGAAGCGGGAGCUAGAGAAGCGGUUGCAGGAUGUCAGUGGACAGCUCAAUUCCACCAAAAAGCCCCCCAAGAAAGCGAGUGAGAAGACAGAGUCAUCUGCACAGCAAGUGGCAGUGUCCCGGCUCAGUGCUUCUAGUUCCAGCUCAGAUUCCAGCUCCUCCUCGUCAUCUUCAUCAUCUUCAGACACCAGCGAUUCAGACUCGGGCUAAGGGGCCAGGCCAGAUGGGGCAGGAAGGCUCCGCAGGACCGGACCCCUGAACCACCCUUCCCCACUUUCCCUUGCUGUGACGCUUCUUCAUCUCACCCCUCCAUAGGAGAGCUGGCUCUGCAGUGGGGAGGAAGGCAGGGACAUGGACAAAAUAAGAUUGAAUUCCUAGCCCUCUUGGGUGUGGUGUCCCUGUUGAGGAUGAUGGGGGUGGGGCAAGGGCAUGGGUGGGAGUGAGGAUAGGCCUGGCACAAAGCCCCCUGAGCUGUAGCUGUCCUGUUCACUUCUAAGGGCCCUGUUUUGAGGUUUUAAUUUAUUUAAGCUAUGUGGUAAGGCUGGGGGUGUAUAGCGCCGAGGUCCUCCCUCCAGCCUCCAUGGGGAGGGAAGAAGAGGGAGCUCUUUUUGUUUUUUACAUUGACUUUUUUUUCUACUCUUCCCUUUUACUUCCACUCCAUUUGGGGCCUGGGGAUUUUAGUCACCUCUCCAGUUGGCCCCAAGACCGUCUUUUCUUUCUUGAUUCUAACUUGUAAAUAAAGAAAAUAUUAUUGAAGUUUUGAGUUA